CGAGGGAGUGGUUGGUUGGCUCAGCGGAACACACGAAACAACACCGUAAAAACAGUGGCCGCCGCCGCUAUAUAUUGGCGGCGGGCGGCGGAAGGGUUACAGUCAGCUUCAGCACCGACCACACAACCACCAUGAACGCCAAGCUCCUCGUCUUCCUGGGCCUCGUCGCCCUGGCCGUGGCCGACAGCCGCGAGUCCUACGAGUCCUUCGAGUCCUCCGAGGCCAAAUACAACUUCCAGUGGGCCGUGGACCAUGACCCCUCCAGCAACGAAUUCGGCCACAAGGAGGCCCGCGACGGCGACCACACCCAGGGCUCCUACUACGUGCAGCUCCCCGACGGCCGCGUGCAGCAGGUCUCCUACGUCGUCGACGGUGACGACGGCUACAUCGCCGACGUCAAGUACACCGGAUCCGCCGAGUCCUUUGAGUCCGACGAGUCCAACGAGUCCUUCCGCUACUACGGCUCCAACGAGUCCAAGUAAACCAAGACAACCCGACCUCAGCGCCCCGGCCCUGCCCGGCUCAACGACCCUCAAGAUGUAAUCACGCCUUCAUCACCCCAUGCUAUUUAUUUCCAUCAACAAUUCAUUAAUAAACUGCACUGCAAUA